AUCAGUAACAUUGCCAUUUUUAGCAAUUGAGGUUCGCAUCAAUUUUUGUUGCCAUCCAGUUCUCAGUUACUUUUCAGUUUUUUGGAUCUCCUUCCAUAACGCCCCGUUGUCCAAAAUGUAUAAGCUGAAAGACUGCAGGUAUAUGCAGUAUGUUGCAUCAAUCACUAUUACCGUAUCAAUGGCAUGUGCCGCAAUGCACAUGUCUUGGCCGUCGCCUACGCUACCUCUUCUAAUGUCAGACAAAUCUCCAAUAGGACGAAGAAUAACUCCGGAAGAAGGAUCAUGGUUGGCUUCCAGUUUUCUACUGGGCUCAAUACCCGGGUGUCUCUUUGCAGGAUCUGUUAUAGAAAGAUUCGGGCGUAAACCAAGUCUACUGUUCGCAGGUAUUCCACUACUUUUACCGUGGAUAACUACGAUAUUUAGUGACUCUCUGAUUGUUCUGUGCAUUGUAAGAUUUUUCGGGGGAAUCGGCCUUGCCUUUAUUACAACGGCCGCUCCAAUGUACGUUGGGGAAAUUGCCGAAAAGGACAUCAGAGGGAAAUUGGGUUCGGCCUUCAACAUUCUGCGAUUGGCAGGUUCUUUGUACGUCUUUAGCGCCGGACCGUUUAUAUCGUAUCUGGCCCUGGCGAUUACCUGCGCCAUAUUUCCCGUUUUAUUUAUCGUCGCUUUCGCAUUUAUGCCCGAAUCGCCCUACUACCUCAUGAAAACCAAUCAGCAAGAGUUGGCGAAAAGAAAUCUGAUUAGGUUGUCAAGUACAUCGGCCAACGUGGAUUUUAUUGACAGGCGAAUGAAAGAAAUUGAGGCAACCGUCGAUUACGAUAUGAGGAAUCGCGCAAGCAUUCGGGAGUUGUUCACAAACAAACUGUAUCGAAAAUCGAUUAUUGUUAUUGCUGGGAUAAAGACGGUUCAGCAGCUGAGUGGUGUGGCCGCAAUCGAAGCAUAUACCCAGAGCAUUAUUCAAGAGAGUGGUAGUAGCAUAUCUCCAGCAGUUUCCAGUAUAAUCGCAGGACUGAUACAGUUUCCCGCAGCACUUCUCGCCGGCUACCUCGCGGACAGAGUUGGACGUAAACCUUUGAUGAUAGUUUCAUGUCUCGGUUGCGGUAUCGCCUUAACGAGCGAAGGUAUCUACUUUUACCUGCAAAAUAUUGCAAAGGCCGAUGUGAGUAGCAUAUCCUGGCUACCCACCACGGCUCUACUUUUAUACCUGGUGAUGAAUCCCAUCGGAAUUUUUACCCUACCAUGGAUUUUACUAGGAGAACUGUUUGCUACGAACAUAAAAGGAUACGCCGUGUCAAUGGCGACGUGUUAUGGAAGUUUACUGGCGUUCCUCGCCACCAAACUCUUUCAACCAAUUUCGGACGGUUGGGGAAUGAACGUUACCUUUUGGAUAUUUGCCGCAAUAUGCUUUUUUGGUGCGGUUUUUUGCUACUUUUUUCAACCCGAAACUAAAGGGAAAACUCUGGCCGAAAUUCAACAAAAGUUAAAUCGAAGGAAAGAAACCGGAUCUCCAGUGGAAACUGGAUCCGUACUGGAGACUAAGUUUUAGGAAAUCGUCUAUAUCUUUAGGAGGACAUGCGUAUAAAAUGUCUUUUACCGUAACCGUAAUGUCUACCUGUUGAGUUGUCUUGUAACGCGUUGUUAGUCACGAGAAACGCUGUCGAGUUCGUUAUUUAAAAAUUAAAUAAACAAUGUAAUCUGAGGCUUGCUCGGGCUACGUUUGAUGAUAGAUAAUUUUGGACCGAAGCAGUCAUUUUCCGGUACUUGAUGAGGAACCCAGAAAAAUUCAAUCAAUUGUCAUAAUUUAACAAUUAUAGAAAUUGUUUACUAAUUGCAUUACAAAUUAUUAUUUAACUGA